CCGGAACUGCACACUGCAAACGACAGAGUUUCGAGACCAGCCACUGUACGAUACCCCCCCUCGAAUUCGCCCUCGAAACCUCCACCAGACACGAACAUACACAUAUCGACAAUGGCUCCGACAAGAGGUCAAAUCCAGACGCCUGGAGAAGCUGUUGCGAGAAUCGCAUACCUCGCCAGCGACGUCGUUGUCUCUGUCCAGCCUUCAUUGGCAAAGGACUCGGAGUUCUCAUCCCACCUCAAGCGCUACGUCGCCCGCAGCGACAAGAGCCUCGUCGCAAAGUCUUCAGUCACAGAGGUGAGAAACCACUCGAUGCAUCCUCUUUCGUGGUCCUUUGACUUGGUAACUAACUGCGUCUGUCCCUAGGUCCAACACAUAAGGCACAAUGCCGACCCUCUCCUCUCCGUGUUUGCGCCCACUCGCGCCGGCAAGCUCGUCGCCGUAACGACCUCAUCAACUGUUCUCCUGCCCGCCAUCUCCCACCUCUACAAGUUG